AUGUCGACCUUCAUGCGCCUCCGGACAACCUUGUCCAAAACCUCAACACUAUCACCAACAUACAAGCCUCUCACCUCAUUCUCACCUCUACGAAGCUACGCCACCAAGAACGACGGCAAUGACUCCCAAACAACUCACCAACAAGACUCGCCCAACCACCCAAUCCCAUCCAACAAAGCCAAACCCACCCUCCGCGACGGAAACCAGUCACCGCUCGCAGACCAAGAUGGGAAUCUGAGAGAUGAUCUACCGGCCGAUGUCAAGCAACAUAAUAAGGAGAUGGAAGAGCGGUAUGACAAGCCUUAUAGCCAUACGGGUGAUCAGGGACAGACGGAGCCUUCUUUCGAGAAUGACAAAUAG